GCAGAGACGGAGAUGGCUGAGAUUCCUGACGGUGACGUCGGGACGUAAAACGGGAGAGGAGGACAGAAGGAGGCUUGCGGACAUCUGUCGACACGGACGGUCGCAGAGUGAUUUAUUGAUCAGCCGCUGAUCGGGAACGAUUGAAGGGGUCAUAAUUGGAGCUGAUCGGCGGUUUGCGCGUGCGGUGACGGGCGGAGGAGGGAUGCGUUGCCUGGUAACAGAAACGGGGCUGAGGGGGGAAAACAGGCCAACCGUCACUUUGAGUGAACGUCUCCAGCUUCAACGGUGGUGUAGGAUGUGCCAGUAGUCGGUCGGUGCUCAGGGUGAAGCAGUCAUCAUGCCGUGUACCUGUGCAGAGUGGAGGAGGUGGAUCCGCCCGCUGGUUCUGGUUCUCUAUGCUCUUCUGCUGUUGGCUGUGCUGCCACUGUGCAUUUGGGAGCUGCAGAAAGACAAGGUUGGGACUCAUAGUAAAGCCUGGUUCAUAGCUGGUGUGUUUGUGUUCCUCACGAUCCCAAUCUCACUGUGGGGUAUUCUGCAACACAUGGUGCAUUACACCCAGCCUGAGCUGCAGAAACCCAUCAUCAGGAUAUUAUGGAUGGUGCCCAUCUACAGUUUGGACAGCUGGCUGGCCCUGCGAUACCCCAACCUGGCCAUCUAUGUGGACACAUGCAGGGAGUGCUACGAGGCCUAUGUCAUCUACAACUUCCUGGUGUUCCUUCUGAACUUCCUCAGUAACCAGUAUCCAAGCCUGGUGCUGAUGCUGGAGGUGCAGCAGCAGCAGCCACACCUGCCGCCGCUGUGCUGCUGCCCACCCUGGCCUAUGGGAGAGGUGCUGCUGUUCAGGUGUAAACUGGGAGUCCUCCAGUACACAGUGGUCAGACCCGUCACCACGGUGAUAGCACUCAUCUGUCAGCUCUGUGGAGUUUAUGAUGAAGCCAACUUCAGCUUCAGAAACGCCUGGUCCUACUUGGUCAUAGUCAACAACAUAUCACAGCUGUUUGCUAUGUACUGUCUAGUGUUGCUCUACCGAGCUCUCAGAGAUGAGCUGACUCCCAUCAGGCCUGUGGGCAAGUUCCUCUGCGUCAAACUGGUUGUGUUUGUCUCAUUCUGGCAAGCAGUUCUGAUAGCAUUUCUGGUGAAAGUCGGUGUGAUCUCUGACAAACACACGUGGGACUGGGACAGCGUGGAGGCCGUGGCAACUGGGCUGCAGGACUUCAUCAUCUGCAUAGAGAUGUUCCUGGCAGCCAUCGCUCACCACUACACCUUCACCUACAAGCCCUAUGUACAGGAAGCAGAGGAGGGGUCGUGCUUCGACAGCUUUUUGGCCAUGUGGGACUUCUCUGACAUCAGAGCUGAUGUCACAGAGCAGGUCCGCCAUGUUGGUCGUACGUUCCUGGGUCGUCCCAACAAGAUGUACUUUGGUUCAGCAGCUCAACCUGAACACACCGAGCACACUGGCCUCCUUAACGCCACCUCCCAGGAUCCCAUCGCCGUGGCAGCCACGUCCAUGCCCUCUUCCCCUUCGUCAAGCGGGCGGUACCAAGGCCUUGGUCACACCCCUGCCCCUCACUCCAUCUCCGCCCCUGCAGGGUUCACGUCUUCAUCCUGGGAGGACGACAGCGACGGCUCGCCUCCACAGCCAGGUGCCGGCCAAUGACAAACACACCCCAGCGUGGAGAAAGAAACCAUUUAAACUAGAAAGAAACUGGAAACAUGGACUCUUCUGAACUUUCCUCCACACAUUUAUGAAGAAAAGCUGAAGUGAGAUGAAGGAAAGCAGAGAGGAAGACUGCGGUCUGUGAUGUUACAGCCAUUGUUUGUUGAGAAACGGAUGUCGUUUUUUAAACAACAGCUCAGAUUUAAAUGUUUAAAAUCUGUAUUUUGCUGUCAGAUUGUGUAGAUUUGAUAACUGUACCUGCAGUUUAAGAUUUCUUCAGUAGAAGAAGAUGCAGGUUGUUGUCAUGGUUUAUUCCCUCGGUGCUGAAGUGUCCUUCAGAUAGCUUUACUGCUUGUUUUGAUAAAAAUAAAUAUUGUCAUAUUUAACCACCAAAAACUGACAAGAAGCUACAACAGUGGUCCUCCAAUAACAGACUCUUACAGGCAGAUAUAACAUUAGUCGCUUCCUUUAUUCAUGUUGGUCUUAAAUAUUAACUCACAUGUUUGUCUCAGAGGUAAAUAUUUAUCCAUAACAUCCAUGAUUUGGGUCAUAAAUGUCAAUUACUGAAGCCAUAAAACAUUUGAAGAUGGAUAUAAGGCUGGAGCAUCAUCUUUUUAAAACAAAUAAAAUCUUAUUCUAUG